GCUCAUGCUUUCGCAAACCAAGCUGAAGAAUUUGAAGAGAAGGAAUUGUGGGCUAAAGCGAUGGAAGCCCAUUUCCACGCUGCUGACCAAUUUGUUUUGACAAUAAGUUAUACAUCAGAUUCGGAGGUAGCGCGAACUUUAAAAUUGCUGUACGCUACCCAUAACCGACAAGGCAAAGAAUUACAACGUCGUAUAGAAAAGCAAGCACAGCAAUCUCCAAAACAACCACAAGAACGACUAAGUACACCAACAUCCAUAGAAGUCGAUCAAAAUCAGGGAUCGUCUUCCACGCUACCAACAACGUAUUUGAGUUCUCAACAUGCUCUGGGCGUACAGAUACCAUCUAAUAACAAUGAAAAGAUGCUAGGUGUUCCAAAAGAGAUGACGACAACAUCGACUGCCCCAAGUAUCUCGUUGGAAGGUUCAUCCUGUUAUUUGUAUGUUAUAGCUACAACUUCAAUAGGUGUUUCAAAAGAGAUGAUGACAAUAUCGACUGCCCCAAGUAUCUCAUUGGAAGGUUCAUCCAGUUCUGAGAAAAUUGGUGACUCUUAUAUG